CAAAUAUUGAAAUCGAAAGUAGCUAAGGGUUUUAAAGAUUUUCUGUGGCUAAUUUAAAAUGGCAAGUUCUACAGCUUGGCAAACGGAAAGAUCAUUUGAACAGACAAACUGGCGCACGUUUCAAGAUGGCACGCUUUGUGACGUCACUUUCUUGGUGGGGAAUGAAAAGAAAGAAGAAGUGAAAGCUCACAAGUUUAUCUUUGCGAACAGAAGUCCAGUGUUCUAUGCUACGUUCUGUGGUUCACUCGCAGAGUCAAGUAAUACCAUACACGUUCCAGAUAUAGAACCCGAGAUAUUCCGAGCAUUAUUACGGUUCAUUUAUACCGAAGACAGCACAAUAAACGAAGAGAAUGCCAUGUCCCUUUUAUACAGUGCGAAGAAAUACGAAAUCAGCCGUCUUACAGAGAAAUGUAAAGAUUACUUAAAUACCCAACUCUCCAUCGACAAUGUCUGUGUCAUACUACAUCAUGCACACACGUUUGAUGAAAGUGAACUGGAACAAAAAUGUCUUAAGUUUAUAUUUGCGAAUGGAGACAACGUACUAAAAUCCGAUGGAUUUUUUUCUCUACCAAAAGAAAUUCUUCAGAAAAUUAUCGAAUCGGAUAAUCUCAAUGCUGAUGAAUUAAAUAUCUACGAUACAUGCAAGAGAUGGGCAGUUGAGCAGCAGAAACAAAAGUGCAAGAAACAGGAAUAUCCCGAAACUGAACUAAGAAAGGAACUAGGGGAAUUAGUAUAUUCUAUAAGGUUCCCUACAAUGUCGUUUGAAACAUUUGCAAAACAUGUAGCCGUAGAAGACAUUUUAACACCAGAAGAAAAGGUCAGUGUUUUUCAAAGUUUAGCAGGUGUCGACACUAAAACGCUGCUACAUCGAUUUCGUAAUACUAAACGUAAACGAGUCUUAAAGUUGUCAAGAUUCGAUUUAAGCUACACCAGCUUUUGGAAUUAUGCUGGGGCUCCAGAUGCAAUUAACUUUAAAGUGUCCAGUAAAUCUAGACUUUUAGGUGUGAGUUUGCUUGCGCCGAGUUCGACAGGAACGGUAGAGGGAGAAGUUAGUUUAAAAGUUGGAACUUCUACUUUAGCAUCUAGAAGUGAUCUUAGGAUAGAGUAUGAGCAGUCGAAGUACGUUGAGGAUGUGCUAUUUGAUCAACCCUACACAGUUGAACCAGGAAAGGAAUAUACAAUACGUACUUUGUUGAAAGGCGCACAAACAUAUAGCGGCAAUAAUGGCAAACAGAAGAUUUCCUGUGGUGCAUUUGAUGUAUGUUUCUUCUACAAUAGAGAAAGUGUAAAUGGCACAUCGGUAACCACUGGUCAAAUUCAUUCACUUAUUCUAGAAGAUUCUAUUACUGCAUGAAAACACAAAUUAACGGGACUGGAAACUAGAUUUGUCUGAAAUAGUCUUUUUUAAAAAAUUGAAAUUUGAUCAUACAUCAUUUGUACUAUAAACAUUAGAACAUGAGUUCUUGUUUCUAGACUUUGUUUCUAAAAGAAGUUUAAUCAAGAAACAAAUGUCUGUGUCUAAAGUCGAACCCGGAUUGCCCUGGAAAUAAAAACAUCAUUCCAUGUUUACUAAUACAUAACGGAAGAAUUCGUUCUUUCCGCACGUUUAUUCAAUCAUUUUAUCUUCUAAACCCAAUCAGAAACCAAACGCUUUUUAAUUUUAAAUUGAAAAAAAGUAGCAUAAACAAUUAAUUUCCAUGUCUUUCCAUAACAAAUAAUCUGUCAGUAACUAAAUUUCAAAGCCAUCUUAAGACAUAUAGCAUUAUUAUCUUUAAAUUUUCUUUUUCCUAUGUUUUCUCGAGGCUAUCCCCUUUAUGUCUCAAUGCGAAAAUCUUUAAACAAAUGUGUUAAGACCUUUUAUAAUGCUUUUACAUGUAAAAUAUAGUCAUUUACACUUUCAUUGAAGAUAUUUUCUUUGAUACUGCAUGAAUUCGCCUAAGCUUUAUUUAGCUAGUGAGAAAAGCUUUCUUUGGUUCAACAGGUGAAAACAGAAAAAAAAUCAUGUUACGACCAGGUUACCUAAAGAAUGCUAGACCGACCGUCCACAGAAAAAUGAAUUUGCAACGUGAAUCAAGACUAAAUAUGUCAUUUAAUAUUACGAUAACUUCUCCACGUUAUUGGUUUUCUAAACCAAUUCGACUGGUGGAGAAUACCAGCGCUUACAUGCUUAAACCAAGCAGCAGUAUUCAACUGCGACUGUUUCAAUAGCAUUUCAUCCCUCCGUUUUGCACUUUCUAUUUAUAGUAAUAAUCUACGCGUAGGCUCAUGUGCGGUAAAAUACUUAUACCGCGUUCAGACUACGCUUUUAAUCCUACAUUAACUUGGGUUUAUUUUUUAAACUCGUUUGCGUCCACACUAUAUGUGGUGUAAAACGUGAAUUAUGUAAAGGUCAAGUGGUUUCUGUAAUGUAGCAUUAAAACCACCUCGGGAGGUGGUUUUAAUACUAUAUUAAAAAGUAAUACUACAUUAUUUUACAAGUGUGAACGCAAAUGUGAGUUAUAACUGGUUUUACAAUCCCAAAUCCCCAGAUCUUACCUUUUGGCUGAAGAAUACCAUGUGUUUCUCUUUUGUAUCAAACAACUGGUGCUAUGGCUGGCAAAAGUAAUUGGAGUGUUGAUGAAGCAAAAACAUUAAAUUGCAAUAUGGAGUCAUGCUGAUGCUCAAAAUUGACCAUAGAUGGAAUGAACAGAAUUUUUUAGAUGAACACAAAAGUUUAAACAUUGAUGACUCCUUCUUGUUUCUGUCAUCCUCCUUCUUUGUAACCUUUUUUGCUUAUUGCAAAAUAUUUGUUUACUUCCAACAUUGCUUGUAUAUAUUUAAACCACAUUUCUUUGCCUAGUGUGGACGCAAACUAGAUUAUAUUUUGAUGGGUUUUAAAUGUCAAAUACCAAUUAUAGCCAAUUAGUGCCUGAUAAAAAUAAAACCGAUCUGCUAGUGUGAACACGGUAUUAAUG